AGAUGAAAUAAAUGUCUGCUGUCAAUGAUGUAUAGAUUAGUGUUACAGAAAUCUGUCACAGUGACAGGUGUUAGUUGUGGUCGUCACAUUACCCAUGUAUCCUCAGACCGGGUCUGGAUCAGUGAUAGAAACAAUCUCAUCUUGACAAACACAGCAGGUGAUAAACUACAUCAUCUGACAGGUAUAGCUAGUUAUUAUGGAGUACACACAGUGACUCAGGACGGUGAUUUAAUUUAUAUAGACAGUCACAGUAACAUCAACAAACUGUCUACAGAUCACAGAGUAAAGUCUACAUUAAUACAGUACACAGCACCAUGGAGACCACUGUGUGUCUACAGCUCCCCCUCCACUGGAGACCUGCUGGUCGGGAUGUAUAAUACUGAAACAGAUACAGGCCAGGUAAACCGUUACAACAACACAGGAGAACACAUACAGACCAUACAGCACGACAACACAGGUCAGGGACUGUAUAGAAAUCCUAUCUACAUCACAGAGAACCGCAAUGGAGAUGUUAUUGUGUCUGACUUUGGCCAUCGUGCUGUAGUGGUGACAGAUGGUGUAGGUAGACACCGCUUCUCCUACACAGGACCUCCAUCAGGAUCAGGACUAGCACCACUAGGAAUCUGUACUGAUGUGCUGUCACACAUCCUGGUGUUUGAUCUUGACACCCACUCAGUACAGAUACUGGACUGUGAUGGGAGAUUCCUGUCACAGAUAGAGAAAACACAACACGGGUUAUACAAACCAUGGAGCCUGAGUUAUGAUGACAACACUAACUGUGUCUGGGUGGGAUCAUGGACCAACAACACAGUGAACAUCUGUAGACUUAUACAUGUGGACUCCCUGACCGAUCCAAGCAGUGAUGAUUUUGAUAAAGUUGAUGAGUUAAAGAAGUUUCUGAGGAAGGAGAAGACAACUGUUUCCCACGCCAGAGGAAUACUUGUUGGAUGUGCCGAGGCUGGAAAAACAACACUGUUGAAGCGAUUAAGAGGGCAACGUCAAAAUGUCAGUGAAGUUACAGAGUCCACCAGAGGACUGGAAGUCCAUCAACAUCUCUUCAUUGUUAAAGAUGGAAUGUUAGAGGUGGCUGAUGAUGACUCUCCAUUGAAGACAUUUAUCAGGAUAAACACUGCAGAUUUGAAACCAGACCCGAGCAGUGCAGUUGACAUCUCCAAUAAGAAUGAAAAAGAAGACAAUUUGGAACUAAGAAGAUCUGAAAAAGAAAAUGAAGUAAUUUAUAGCAGAGAAGAAAAGAAAGAAGAGAAUAUGGAAAUGUCUGGUUCACCAACUGAGGGCACAGAAGAAGAGAAUACAGUAGAGACAAUGGCCAGUGUUCUCUCCUCAGAAGCACAAGCUAUGGUGAAGGAGGAAAUUUUUCAGAAAAUCUUAUCUGAAAAAGAGAAGUUACCAACAGUAAGCAUGCUGGAUUUUGCUGGACAGUUAGCAUAUUAUGCUUGCCAUCAAAUUUACGUAACACCAAAGGCCUUCUUCAUCCUUGUGUUGGACAUGACUAAGAGGUUUGAAGAUGUUGUCAGUAAAGAGAAAGAUAAUCAAGAAGGAUCAAUCUUCUCUGUGUGGACUUACAAAGACUACCUGAAGUUUUGGAUUACCUCAAUCAAGACUUUUGGAGGCACUAAGGCACCACUGUUUGUUGUUGUCACACAUACUGAAGGAAAAUCCACAGAUGAAAUAAAUAAGUACUUUAAGGAGUUUUGGAAAGCAGUACCAGGCGAGGACAGGAAUUGGCUUAGCGAAUCUCUGAAUGAUCGGGAAUAUGCAGUGGGUCUGGUUGAGCUAGGCGAUAAUUCCAAGGAAAAGCUUGAGUCAAUGAGAAAGUCCAUAGUUGAACUAUUUACAGAUGAGAUCAAUACAAAAAUUGAAAUGCCUUCUUCAUGGGCUUUAAUGGAGCAGUUAUUGUAUGAUGGAGCUUGGAAGGUUUUGUCCCUGGAUGAAAUAAGGAGGCUAAACUUUUCCCUUCCUCAUGAAUACCAGAUUAAAAGUGAUGAGGAAAUGUCUCAAUUUUUAAAGUGUUUCCAUAACAAUAGCAUUCUUUUGUAUUAUGAUGAAGAUAGAUUAAGGGAACAUGCAGUGAUGGACAUACAGUGGUUUGCUAAUGCUUUCAGCAAGAUAAUUGCUGAUGAAAAUCAUAUCAAUAAAGACUGCAAAAGGAGAUUAAUCAAUGAGUGGCAAUCUUUCAACAAAACAGGGGAACUUAGAGAUAAAGUGAUAGAUGCAUUGUGGAAAGAUGAACCCUCGUACUUGGAUCACAAAAGUGAAAUUAUGUCGUACAUGGAGAAGCUUCAAAUGCUGGUGCCUUUGAAGUCUUUUGAGGCUGUAUCAGAAGAUGGCAUGUCAUGGUAUGUCCCAUGUAUGAACAAAAAACAGUUUAAAGCUGACUUCUUUGAAGAUAAAUGGGAAUGUUCCUCCAUUUUGUGCUUUCGGUUCACCUCUUUUGCCAUGUUUGUGUUCUACAGACUGGUAGCAUACUGCAUGAGUUUUCUAAGAUGGAGUGUUUCAAUAGACGAAGACAAUGAAGGGAGUCCAUGUCUCUAUCAAACAGCAGCAGUGUUUGAUCAUAAUGAACACACUGUUGUUGUUGGCAUCUCUAAUGACGAUAUCCAGUUGCAAGUAUUAAGAAUCACACCGUUGACUGUAGAUAAAGAUGUAUCAAAUGAAAUUGGAGACUCCAUUGAAAAAGCCAUAGAAAAGUUAACAGAAACAUUUAUCGAUACAAAAAUAUUCCUCAAAGGAUUCAAAUGUCAAAAUAUUAUUUGUAAUGAAAAAGAUUUAUCUUUCACCCUUGCAAGUGAUUUCUCCAAAAUCAAGACUGAUAAAGAAAUUCAGUGCAAGUGUCGACUGAAGGAGAAACACGUGAUAAAUGUACAAAGGAUUCUGAGUUUCUGGGAAAAGACAAAGGUGAGUGUGUCUCCAGGGGCCUCUGGUGGACAAGACCUUGAGGGCCGAUCUAGAUUUGCAAAACUUGGAAUGGCGAUGAACGAUGUGUUAAAUCAGGCAUACAGAGAUAUUCUAGAAUCAGAAGUACCCCCUUCUGAUAUUGAGAACAAGGUGAAUUUAUUAUCAAACAAAAACAGAAUGAAUCUGAAGUUGAACACAGAUCAAGAAGAUCUAUUGAAAACAGCAAAACAUUCUGGAUAUAAGGAAUUUGAUAUUUCAUUAACAUACAAGAUGAUAAGAAGCAUGUGUUCAACGAUCCCUAAACCAACAAAAGGAAAAUGGGGAGAAGAGCCUGCAGCAGGAGAUGUGACAGUGGGUGACGAUAUCGAGAGAAUAAGGUUAAUCCGAAACAGUUUGACUGCUCAUGUGAGCUCAGCCUCCAUCCCUCAGACAGAAUUCGAUGACACCUGGUCAACGAUGUCAGAUAUCUGCCAAAGAUUAGAAACCUUCACUGGAAAAAAGUACUUGGAUACCCUUAAGGAUAUUAAAACACUGACCUUGAGAAAGGAAGCUGAGGAUGCUAUUAUAAAAAAUGUUAAAAUGCAAGAAAUUUUGGAGACAAUCAAAUCAAAUGUCCAAGAAUUAGAAACACUGAUCAAACCUAACGAAGGUGCUACAAAUUAGUUCAUGAGUUUGAAGAAAUCAGUGUAGAAUACUAAAGAAUUGCAUGUUUUACUUGACAUAGAAUUCACAAUCAAUUUGAAUAAUUUUAUUCAAUGACUUUAUUUCUUUGGAAUUUUGAUUUGUUAAUUUAAUUCAAGAAUUAGAACAAUGUGUGUUUUGAUAAGAAAAUCAUUUUUUUUGUUUUGAUUACACUGAGUGAAUUCAAACAUUACAAUGUUUUUUGACAAUAAUGGCUAUAGAAUACAAAUGACAACUAACCUUGCAUGAAAAUUAUAUUUAAAAUGAAGAAUAUGAGGUGGCCACUUUUUGAAAUACUUUAGCUUUAAAGCUCAGAAUCAUCAAUGAAUAAAUUCAAACUUCAAUGUUACUCUUUUUUUUAAUUAGCUGAAUAAACUUCAGCAGUAUUUUAGAAACUAGGAUGUAUGAAUGAAGAGAAGAAAAAUAGUGAAAUCUCUGUGCCUCUUUGUUUCAUCCAAAUCAUAUGAUCCUGUUGAUAUAUAGUUGAAAAUCCCAUUGUGUUGGUGAAGUAUUUUUAUUUGUACAUUAAAGGAACCCUAAUUUUAAAGGACAAGUUUUUAUGCCUUUGCAAUAGUCAUGCAAGAUCUACUAGGUAAAUGUGUCUGUAAAUCAUAUCUAAAUAACCCUAAUUCUAUAAGAUGGUAAGUGCAGGAGAGUUUGUUUUAAAGGAUUCUGUAUCCUACUACUUUUACUCGCUUUAGAGUAGCUGCAUAGUUCAAACUUGUAUGCAAGUGUCAGACAAGAAAGGAAUAUUCUAAUUCAUGAUUGCAAUUUUCUAAAACACAGAUUUGGGAUCCUACUUUGUUGCUUGUGGUAAUAUGUUAACUUCAUUUUGCUUAUGUAUAAUACACUUUAUGUCCAGUUGCAUCAAUAUAUUUACAAAAUGUUACAUGAUAGCAUAAAUAUACAUAUAUUAAAUGUUUCUGCUGAACAACGUGGGGCUUAAAGUUGCUGAAGAUCUCACUGAAAAUUGUAUUUUUGAAAACGACUGUAAAUGAUCGGCAGGGUCACUUUUUUGAUCAAACUUUAUGUGAAUCAACAGCCAAAUCAAUAUUGCAUUUUUUACUACCUGUGUUAGACGACCUCUUUCUACCUGUGUUAGACGACUUCUUGGGAUUUACGGGAAUCACAAUGUCAGUGUAGCUGUCCAUAUGUCCAUUAAGUUUUUUCUUAAUUCACAGAUCAUCAUGUAAUUAUUCAUUUCACUUUUAGGGAACAGACGCUAGACAAAUUUUGACAUAUACAGUAAUUGCAUUAUGUAUGUCUAUAAUUGUAUAUAUAGGCAUUUAUUGUCCCAAAAGUAUUUCCGACAUUGAUUUUAUUUCCAAUUUCUGUAAAAAUUUUGUAAUUUUCUUCAAACUUCUUGGCCCCAUAUUUUUGAUUUAUUUUAAAAGCUGAAGAGUGGCUUCUUACUUGCAGCUAACCUGUAACAGAGCUUAAUGUAAACUGAACUGAUUGUUCAGCGUAUGUCUGUAUUAAUAUAUGUUUAUAUUUAUAUGUAUGUGACCUAAAUUGAGUUUCUAGUGGUAUUUUUUAAUUUAAUGGUAUGAUAACGUGUCAUUUUAUAUAUUCAAAUUAAGCUAGGAUAUAUUUUCUUUACUUCCAAGGAAUACCUUUAUAAUAAAGUGUGUAGUUUGUCAAUGAA